AUGGAAUUAAUUGAUUUACUAGUUGUGGGAGAAAAAUUUACUUGGUCCUCAUCAAGUGGUAGUUGUAGAAGUAGGUUGGACAGAUUUUUAAUUUCGCAGCAGCUUAUCAAUUUAUGGAAUAUCAAAGCUCAAUAUGUCAGUGAUAGAGAUAUAUCAGAUGACCGACCGAUUUGGAUCAAAGCAAACAAUAUCAACUGGGACCCUAAACCGUUCAAAAUCUUCGAUGCCUGGUAUGAACAUCCAUAUUUCUCUCACUUUGUUGGUAGGUCCUGGAACACUUGUAUGGCUCGUGGCAGUGUUGCUGCUAUACGUGAUGAAGAAACUGAAAUUCUUGAUCAUGUGUCGGAGGUGGAGAUGUUAAGGAGAAGCAAGGCCCAAACUGAAAUGUGGAACAAUUUAAAACUGAAGGAUGUCAUGAUUAAACAGAAAGUGAGAUUGAAAUGGGGUAGGGAUGGAGAUUUGAACACCAAAUAUUUUCACUCGAUACUAAAUGGGAGAUAUCGGAGGAACUCAAUUGUUUCCAUCAAAGUUGGGGAAGAUAAAGUGGAGGAAGUUAGUGCUGUUAAAGGUGCUAUCAAAGCACAUUUCCAAAAGUUGUUUUCUUCUGAACAUUCUUGUAGGCCUCAUUUGAAUUAG